AUGGCGGCGUCGCGUCGCUCUCAGCAUCAUCACCACCAUCAUCAACAACAGCUCCAGCCCGCCCCAGGGUCUUCGGCGCCGCCGCCGCCACCUCCUCCCCCACUCAGUCCCGGCCUGGCCCCAGGGACCACCCCAGCCUCUCCCUCGGCCAGUGGCCUGGCCCCCUUCGCCUCCCCGCGGGAAGAAGAGAAUCAUGAAAUCUUCCUGGAUAAGGAAAGUUUUGGGAGGAAGGAUGUUGUAGAACACUUACUACAGAUGGGUGCUAAUGUUCAUGCUCGUGAUGAUGGAGGUCUUAUACCGCUUCAUAAUGCCUGUUCUUUUGGUCAUGCUGAGGUUGUAAGUCUGUUACUAUGCCAAGGAGCUGAUCCAAAUGCCAGGGAUAACUGGAACUAUACCCCUCUGCAUGAAGCUGCUAUUAAAGGGAAAAUCGAUGUAUGUAUUGUGCUACUGCAGCACGGAGCUGAUCCAAACAUUCGGAACACUGAUGGGAAAUCAGCCCUGGACCUGGCAGAUCCGUCCGCAAAAGCUGUCCUUACAGGUGAAUACAAGAAAGACGAACUCCUAGAAGCUGCUAGGAGUGGUAAUGAAGAAAAACUAAUGGCUUUACUGACUCCUCUAAAUGUGAAUUGCCAUGCAAGUGAUGGACGAAAGUCAACUCCUUUACAUCUUGCAGCAGGCUACAACAGAGUUCGAAUUGUUCAGCUUCUUCUUCAGCAUGGUGCUGAUGUUCAUGCAAAAGACAAAGGUGGACUUGUGCCUCUUCAUAACGCAUGUUCUUAUGGACAUUAUGAAGUCACAGAACUACUGCUGAAGCAUGGAGCUUGUGUCAAUGCUAUGGACCUCUGGCAGUUUACUCCACUACAUGAGGCUGCUUCCAAGAAUCGUGUAGAAGUUUGCUCUUUGUUACUUAGCCAUGGUGCGGAUCCUACCUUAGUGAACUGCCAUGGCAAAAGUGCUGUGGAUAUGGCUCCAACUCCUGAGCUCCGGGAGAGAUUGACUUAUGAAUUUAAAGGUCAUUCUUUACUACAAGCAGCCAGAGAAGCAGACCUAGCCAAAGUUAAAAAAACACUUGCUUUGGAAAUCAUUAAUUUCAAGCAACCUCAGUCUCAUGAAACAGCACUGCACUGUGCUGUUGCUUCCCUACAUCCGAAGCGAAAACAAGUGACAGAAUUAUUACUUAGAAAAGGAGCAAAUGUUAAUGAAAAAAAUAAAGAUUUUAUGACUCCCCUGCAUGUUGCUGCUGAAAGAGCUCACAAUGAUGUUAUGGAAGUUCUGCAUAAGCAUGGAGCAAAGAUGAACGCACUGGACACCCUUGGUCAGACUGCUUUGCAUAGAGCUGCCUUAGCAGGUCACCUGCAGACCUGCCGCCUCCUGCUGAGCUAUGGCUCUGAUCCCUCCAUCAUCUCUUUACAAGGCUUUACAGCAGCACAGAUGGGAAAUGAAGCGGUGCAGCAGAUUCUGAGUGAAAGUACACCUAUACGCACUUCUGAUGUUGACUAUCGACUUUUAGAGGCAUCUAAAGCUGGUGACUUGGAAACUGUGAAGCAACUUUGCAGCCCUCAAAAUGUGAAUUGCAGAGAUUUAGAGGGCCGGCAUUCUACACCCCUACACUUUGCAGCCGGCUAUAAUCGUGUGUCUGUUGUGGAGUAUCUUCUACAUCAUGGUGCCGAUGUCCAUGCCAAAGACAAAGGUGGCUUGGUACCCCUUCAUAAUGCCUGUUCAUAUGGACACUAUGAGGUAGCUGAGCUUUUAGUAAGGCAUGGUGCAUCUGUCAAUGUGGCAGACUUAUGGAAAUUUACCCCUCUACAUGAAGCAGCAGCUAAAGGAAAAUAUGAAAUCUGCAAGCUUCUUUUAAAACAUGGAGCAGAUCCAACCAAAAAGAACAGAGAUGGAAAUACACCUUUAGACUUGGUGAAGGAAGGAGACACAGAUAUUCAGGACUUACUUAGAGGGGACGCUGCCUUGCUGGAUGCUGCCAAGAAGGGCUGCCUAGCUAGAGUGCAGAAGCUCUGUACUCCAGAGAAUAUCAACUGCAGAGACACCCAGGGUCGAAACUCAACCCCUCUGCACCUGGCAGCAGGCUACAAUAACCUGGAAGUAGCUGAAUAUCUUCUAGAGCAUGGAGCAGAUGUUAAUGCCCAAGACAAAGGAGGUUUAAUUCCUCUUCAUAAUGCAGCAUCCUAUGGGCAUGUGGACAUAGCAGCAUUAUUGAUAAAAUACAACACAUGUGUAAAUGCAACAGAUAAGUGGGCAUUUACUCCUCUUCAUGAAGCAGCCCAAAAAGGAAGGACACAGUUAUGUGCCCUCCUCUUAGCACAUGGUGCAGAUCCAACUAUGAAGAACCAAGAAGGUCAGACACCUUUAGAUCUGGCAACAGCUGAUGAUAUCAGAGCUUUGCUGAUAGAUGCCAUGCCCCCAGAGGCCUUACCUACCUGUUUUAAACCUCAGGCGACAGUAGUGAGUGCCUCUCUGAUUUCACCUGCAUCCACCCCCUCCUGCCUUUCUGCUGCUAGCAGUAUAGAUAAUCUUACUGGUCCUUUAGCAGAAUUGGCAGUUGGAGGAGCAUCCAACACAGGGGAUGGAGCAGCAGGUGCAGAAAGGAAGGAAGGGGAAGUUGCAGGUCUUGACAUGAAUAUCAGUCAAUUCCUGAAAAGCCUGGGUCUUGAACAUCUUCGAGAUAUCUUUGAAACAGAACAGAUCACAUUAGAUGUAUUAGCUGAUAUGGGUCAUGAAGAGUUAAAAGAAAUAGGCAUCAAUGCCUAUGGACACCGCCACAAAUUAAUCAAAGGAGUAGAAAGACUUUUAGGUGGGCAACAAGGCACCAAUCCUUAUUUGACUUUUCACUGUGUCAAUCAGGGAACUAUUUUGUUGGAUCUUGCACCAGAAGAUAAAGAAUAUCAAUCAGUAGAAGAGGAGAUGCAAAGUACAAUUCGAGAACACAGAGAUGGUGGUAAUGCUGGAGGGAUCUUCAACAGAUACAAUGUUAUUCGAAUUCAAAAAGUUGUCAAUAAGAAGUUGAGGGAGCGAUUCUGUCACAGACAAAAGGAAGUGUCUGAGGAGAAUCAUAACCAUCACAAUGAGCGCAUGUUGUUUCAUGGUUCACCCUUCAUUAAUGCCAUUAUUCACAAAGGGUUUGAUGAGCGACAUGCAUACAUAGGAGGAAUGUUUGGAGCUGGGAUUUAUUUUGCUGAAAACUCUUCUAAAAGCAACCAGUAUGUUUAUGGAAUUGGAGGAGGAACAGGCUGCCCCACCCACAAAGAUAGGUCAUGUUAUGUAUGUCACAGACAAAUGCUUUUCUGUAGAGUGACCCUUGGAAAAUCCUUUCUGCAAUUCAGCACCAUGAAAAUGGCUCAUGCCCCUCCAGGACAUCAUUCAGUUAUCGGUAGACCAAGUGUGAAUGGGCUUGCAUAUGCUGAAUAUGUCAUCUACAGAGGAGAACAGGCAUACCCAGAGUAUCUUAUCACAUACCAGAUCAUGAAGCCAGAAGCUCCUUCACAGACCGCAACAGCCGCUGAGCAGAAGACCUAGUGAAUGCCCACUGGUAAAGGCCAUAUCAGAUUUAAACCUGGGACUGGAUUACAUUUGAUUGCUUCCAACAAAAAAUCAAUAUUCUCAAAAUCUGACAGCCUAGAAAUAAGCUGUUUGUCUUUUAUAAAGCAUUGCUAUAGUGAUGAAUAUAGUAUGAGUAACUGAUACAUACUCAAUUGCUAUUGUUCCCUU